CGUCUCAAUUCCACUCCAAUACACCAAACACCUUUGCGCCCUCACCCUCAUCCCACCACCAUGGCGUCAGGCGCAGCCAUCGACCUCCAAGCAACCUCCACCACCGACCCAUCGUCCUCCACCACAACGACCGCUCCAACCCACUCAAACACCUCCGCGAGCACGCAAUUCCCGCCCAUCAAAAUCGGCACGCGGCGCUCGGCGCUCGCACAGAUCCAAGCACGAUGGGUCGAAGCGCAGCUCAAGCGCGCGUUCCCCGACCGCACCUACAACAUCUGCCCUGUUCUGGCCCAAGGCGACAAAGAUAAAGUGACGCCGCUGCAGCAGCUGAGCCAGGGCGAGAACGCGAAGAGUCUCUGGACGGGCGAGUUGGAGGCUAUGCUCGAGGAAGGAGAAUUGGACAUGAUUGUGCAUUGUUUGAAAGAUAUGCCAACCCAACUCCCGCCCAACCUAAAAAUCGGCGCCAUCCUCGCCCGCGAAGACCCACGCGACGCACUCAUCCUCUCCCCGCGCCUCCCCUCAACCAUCACGACCGUCUCGGCGCUCCCGGCCGGUUCCAAAAUUGGCACGUCGUCGAUCCGGCGCGCAGCCUCGCUGCGGCGUCUGUACCCACACCUCGAAUUCGGCGACGUGCGCGGCAACGUCGGGACGCGGCUGGGCAAGCUGGACGCAGCGGACUCGCCGUUCGCGGGCAUCAUCCUCGCGGCCGCGGGGCUGAAGCGCAUGGGCAUGGAGAAGCGCAUCAGCCAGUACCUGAGCAGCAGCAGCGGCGGGAUGCUGCACGCGGUUGGCCAGGGGGCGCUGGCGAUUGAAGUCAAGGCCGCGUGUUCGCCCGAGAUGGAGGACAUGCUCGCCGCGAUCCGGUGCGAGCGCUCCAGCCGCGCCUGCGAGGCUGAACGCGGGCUCCUGCGUGCGCUGGAAGGCGGAUGCAGUGUCCCCAUUGGCGUCGAGACGUCGUGGCGGGGUGGCGGGAAGGGGCUUAGUGUUGGCGCGCAGCCCGCGCGGGAUUACGAUAAACAUGGCGAUGCCGUUGCCGAGAAGGAGCCGCAUAUGGAUGAGCAGGAGCUUGUGCUCAAGACGCUCGUGGUUAGUGUGGAUGGGACUGAGAGCGUCGAGUUUGAGAGCGCCAGGAAGGUUAGGAGUGUGGACGAGGCGAAUCAGUUGGGUAGGGAUGUGGCGAGGAUUUUGAUGGAUAAGGGCGCGGAUCGGAUUCUGGCAAAGAUCAGUGAGGAUAAGAAGGUUGCGGCUGCGGAGGAGUUGGAGAGGAUUGGGAAAGAGGGUCCCGCGAAGGAGUGA